UGGGAUGGUUGAUGAUUACGUCGUAAAAAUGGCCAAGUUAAGUUUUACUUUAUUCUUCAUUGGAUUGGCGCUGUUAGCAGUGUGGACAGGGCCAUGCGAUGGUUCUUCGUUGUCCCGCGAAAGCUCUGAAUCUAACAAAACGGACAAUGUGGGCAAGACAUUACAGGAAAUACGUGCACAAUGCAUAAAAUACACAAGAAAAAACCCCGAUCUAUCCUUCCGAAUUUAUAUGCGAUCAGUUCAAUGGGCUUCGGAGUGUAUAACAGAUUUCGAUACAGAGAAAUUCAAGAUUGAUUUCAACGAACUGACCAACGCAACGCGAGGAACAUUCUUCCCCAAAUACUGUGACAAAUUGCGAUCGUUUGUCUCUUGCAUAGAUACAUCGUUGAUGUUUAUGCAACUAUGUCACAGUCCGAGUACUAUCCACAUUGGGAAGGCUUUGAUCGAAAGCAUAUCAGCAGUCUCGAACCUUGCGUGUAAAAACGAUGGUGUAAUCAUAUUUCACGAGGAACACAAAGAGUGUAUAAUGCAGAAGGAAGAUGAAAUAUCAGCGUGUUUCAACACGUUCAAGAAGAUCGGGAACGGUAUCAUCCAUUUUACUAAACUGACGCAGAAUCAAUGCAGCCCACUUGCUAACUUCAGACGUUGCUUGAAGGACAUACUGGACCAUUGUGACUUGUCGGACAUUGUAAGCGUCUACGAUAUACCCUUGAAUGCUAUAUUGCCCCUGGCCCCUUGUUCUAACCAUACCGAGCACAAGGUUGGUCUGCUUGAAAACAAUUCGAUCGAUGAAGAUUAAAAUAGAAGCCAGAGUUAUGGAACGCCGAAUUCAUUUCGUAACAGAUAGGUUGAAAAUCCUGUCAUUUUCAAUCACCAGCCCUUCAGAUGAAAAAGCAGUUGAACGGUUUCCACCAUAUAUCCACCAUAUAAAAUACAGAAGUAAUAAAGCAAUGUCUAGUUAGUCGAGCAAAAUAUAUAAUCUUCCCUGUUGAGCAAACUAUUAUGUUUGUUUGGAUUUGUGUAUUUAGAUAAAACGAUAACUAAACAAGUAAAAUAAAGA